UCGUCUUCGAUUACUUCAAGUAAGCCAGUGGUAUAAACCCCAGAAGUGAUAAUUCAAACGAAGGCAAGAUUUCAGUUCAAUCGCACUAAAAUUGAACUCCAUUUCAAUUCUUGAUUCUCGUCUAUGCUCCUGUAAUCUAGGAAAAUGAAGGAAAUCGGACAUUUUGUUUUUAAAUUUUGAAAAGAUCGCUUUAGUAUACAUGUUCUUAAAUUAUGGAAGAAGGGGAUCGAUUUCCCUUCUGCAGUAGAUUCUAAUUGUGAUUGUGAAUCUAAAUUUUCGCUAUUUGUUAUUUUACAUAUUGUAUAAUUUGAUUAGGAAUUCGUUACAGUUCAAUAUUGAGGAUCGUUUUAGCUGAUUGAAGUUUGUUGACGAAUAUAAACAAGUUUUUGAGGUGAUCUUGGGAAUGGAGGAAGUGCAACAUCAUCCGAUUCAAACAGUUGGUCAAGAUGGCGAAAUUGAAAGCAUACCUGAAGGUUCUUCUGUGACAAAUGGAGAACCUCCUCAAGACGGUCCAGAUGCUAAAGAGGAAAUUGUGACCGAAGGAUCUUCUUUUGUGCAUGGAGGGCCUUCUCAAGAUGAUAACCUACCUCCUAAAGUUGAUACGGCAGUGGAAUCCCUCCAUGAAAAAGUUACAAAGCAGAUCAUUAAGGAAGGUCAUGGUGACAAGCCAUCAAAAUAUUCGACGUGCUUCCUGCACUACAAAGCAUGGACCGAAAGUACCCAGCACAAGUUUGAAGACACUUGGCAGGAGCUACAACUUAUUGAAGUGGUCUUAGGGAAAGAGAAAAAAGAAAUGGCAGGAUUGGCAAUUGGUCUAUCCUCCAUGAAAUCCGGCGAGCGUGCUCUCUUACACGUGGGUUGGGAACUGGGCUAUGGUGAAGAAGGAAGCUUUUCUUUUCCAAAUGUCCCACCUAAGGCAGAUAUCAUCUAUGAAGUUGAGCUAGUUGGUUUUGAUGAAACCAAAGAAGGGAAAGCUCGUGGUGACAUGACAGUAGAAGAGAGAAUCAGCACAGCAGAUAGGAGAAGGAUGGACGGAAAUGCGUUGUUUAAAGAAGAAAAACUAGAGGAGGCUAUGCAACAGUAUGAAAUGGCCAUCGCAUAUAUGGGUGAUGAUUUCAUGUUUCAAUUGUUCGGCAAGUAUCAGGACAUGGCUUUGGCAGUCAAAAACCCGUGUCACCUUAACAUUGCAGCUUGUUUGAUAAAGCUCAAACGCUAUGAAGACGCCAUUGCUCAAUGCACCAUUGUACUUGCAGAGGAUCAAAAUAACGUGAAAGCGCUGUUUAGACGAGGGAAAGCUAAAUCUGAACUCGGACAGACGGAUGCUGCCCGAGAAGACUUCUUGAAAGCUCGUAAAUUAGCCCCAGAAGACAAAGCGAUAUUGAAGGAACUACGGGUGCUAGCCGAAGAUGACAAGAUGGUUUAUCAGAAACAAAAGGAGCUUUACAAAGGAUUGUUCGGACCAAGACCCGAGCCCAAACACACGAAGACUGGUUCAAGCUGGUUGGUUUUUGUUUGGCAAUGGCUGCUCUCGUUAUUCCACCGUCUUUUCAGGCGUGAAAGGCUGAAAACUGAUUGAAAAUGGAAGGGUGAAGAUGAUAACAGUUUCAGAUGAUGAUUAAGUUUAUGGGUUUGAAUUGAAUGCAAAAUUUAGAACUUGUACAUGGUUCUUGAGGAUACUGUUGUAUUAUUAUCGUCUGUUCUUCUAAACUUUUGACUUUAGAUAUUCAAGCCUACUACUACCUUCGUGUAGAUUAAUUAUGGGUGUUCUGUUCAAAUUAUAAGAUAUUAUG